CGCAGUUAUUGCGUUAUGUUGCGUAAUUGAAGACGGAAGUCAAACAAUGCAAAUAUGGCUGAUUUUAAUACUUGGCUCAAGUUUAAUACUGCUAGUGGGGGCAGGAACAUUAAAAAGAGCAGAUGUCCAGAUUAUCACAGCACAUAGUGGAGACAACGUCACCUUUAACGUAAGUCUACCAGUGAAGCCACACCCCAAGCUCCCUGUAGAUUUCUGCAAGGAUUCAGAGUGUCUAAUUCAGUAUGUGCUGAGUUCUGACAAACCUGUAGAAUGGUUAACCAAUAAUACUAACGGGUUGGAAAACAGAAUGGGCCUUGUGAUUCCGAAGAAUGGCAACGUAAACAUCAGAAUAAGAAACAUAAGACCAGAAGAUAGUGGAACAUACACAUUCCGGGUGACACCUCCAGAUGAGUUCCCAGUGAACAUUUCUUUGGAAUUGAAAGUUCUUAAUGGUUCAUUUUUGCCACCAAACAGAAAUUGGAUAGGGAUUUUGGGGCCUGUUGCUGUUGUCAUUGUCAUUGCAGUUGCGCUUUUGGUUAGCUAUCCUUGGAGAUGUUUAGGGAAAGCAUCCCCUACUUCCAGUGAUAAUGUAUAGGAAGAAGAGGAGGAAAAAGAAGAAAGAGAGGCGUAUUGAAACUUGAAGUACAUUGAAACAUGCUUUGUGAAUAACUAUGGUGUAAACCUGAGUCAGUAGGCGCUGGCCGUACACGUAGUUUUAGUCCAGCUAACACACAUACAUCCAUACAUCCUUUAAUCUUAUAUGUGCUUACUACCUCGGGUCUUCAUUUCAUCUUUAUUUCACAGCCUAACUGAAAUUUCUUAAUAUUUGUCUCCACUCAAACCUUUGCUUUUACUCAUACUAACAGUCUUGUAUAUCUCUUUUUAAGUACCACUGAAUGCACUUAACUGUUGAAAAGAAUCCCCUACCCUCUUCUUUUCUUUAUAAAUUGUGCACCCCCCCCCCUACCCUCCCAUUUUUGGUUAUUUGCAAAAAUUUUUCAAACACCCAGAAAUAUAUGUUAUUGCAUUUGUAUUGGUGGAAGUAUGGGAUAAUGUACUAGCAUUUUUCCCCAUUUUUCCUUUCGUUAUACCAUAAUUUUUUCUUCACUAGCUAUUAUUAUCUGGCUUUUUUUCAAGCCUUAACUAUGUUAAACCCUGCUUUGCACCAUUUCUUUAAUACAACACCAGGAGGCAGCAUCACCUAUCAGAUCCCCUAGUUCAAAAUUGAUAAUUAUGUUAAAAAGUUUUGAUUGAUCUAUUUACAUUAUACUAAGAUAAUGGAAAAAUUAAUUUUAAUAGAAUAGACCUUGUUAACUUCACAGUGAAAGUUUUUAUUCAUCCAGUUAUAUCAUACUAAGAUAAUGAAAAAAUAUUUAAUUCUGGAUCUUGCAUUCAAAAGCUUAGACCUUAUAACAACACCUUCUUCAGGUGAAAUAAUUUUGAGUUGCCAUUGGUGUUAAGUGGGGAGCAGGCCUUGGGAGACAACUCUUAUCCUUACCUUAAAGCCUACUAUAUAUACUUGUUCAUGAAGCAUGUUUCUAUUCAACAUUGUAAAUAUGAAUCACUUUUUUAAAGUGUUACAGUCCAAGACCCUUUUUGCAUGGUGAACUCUGAGCCAAGCUAUUUAGUACUUUAAUUAUGUUUGAUGCCACUUGAGCAUUCUUUAGUGUAAGGAAACAGUAUGUGACUAUAUAUGUAACAUGGUACAAAUGUUUUGUAUCUAAGCUUCAUUGUAGUGCUUUUUCAUUGAAGUGCAUAAUCAGAUCCAAGACAGAUCAAAAUAUCUUGAACAAAUAUUCAAAUGUAAAUAUACAUUCAGGAAUCUAUUAUAUAUAGGAUAUAUUUGUGUUUUCACUCUUAUGUACAAUAAAGUUCACAUUUCCAAAUCAUUUUAAUCCCUUUUUCCUUCUUAAUUGGGAUACAAAUCUUAUCUUAACCUUUUAGACUACUAUACUUGUUCAUGAAUUAUGUUUGUAUUCUACAUUGUAAAUAUUUAUCACUUUUUAAAAGUAUUACAGUCCAAGACUCCUUGGCAUAGUGAGCUCUGAGCCAAGCUAUUUAAUACUUUAAUAAUGUUUGAUGUCACAUGAGCAUUCUUUAGUGUAUGGUACGUGGCUAUAUAUGUAACAGUAGUAAUAUGGUACAAAUGUUUUGUAUCUCGGCUUCAUUGUAGUGCUUUUUCUCAAUUUACAGCCUUAGACAUAAUCAGAUCAAAGACGGGAUCAAGCAUAUAUAUAUAUA